AUGUGUGAGUACCCCUGGACGUGUCCAAGUCACCCCCCAGACCCAGAGCGGAGUUCAGGGGGGGUUGAGGAGGGCACUGACAGCGUGAAGAUGAGCAAUCUUGCUGACGCGGCAUGUGUGUGUGCCUUCUGUGGGGGCGCUGGACGGGGGAGUCGCGGAGUGGGAUGCUCAUGUGACACACCCCCCGAUCCGGAUUGCUGCUGGAGUGACACGAGUUCCGAGGGUAGUCUUGGGGGGGUCGUCGAUAUCGGAUAUCGAGACCCCUCCCGGGAGUAUGAUUUCGGUAAGUCUAGUGUCGAUAUCAUGGUGGGGGACCUCCGCGAGAUAGGGCACAAUGACCGUAUCGGUGGCGCAGAGUGGGGGGUGUUUGACGAGCCCUCGCUGCUGGCGAGGACGUACAGGUGUGGGGACCUAGGGUUCUCGGAACCGAUAACGAGGGAGAGGCCGGCCGGCAGGGUGGGCCUCUUUAUCAGGAACGGCCGUGUGGUGUUGACGGUCGGGAAGGCGGAGAUGGUAGUGAGUCGCAUGUCCGAGCUGCCAACGCAGAACUGGUACGACACUUCGACGCGCAGCUGGCCCUCGUGGAUUAACCGGUCGCGUGAGAUGUACCAGACAAUGUACGACGCCGAGCGUCGGGGUCUAAUAAGCCUAGUCUCGGACGUGGCGGACAUGGGGGGUAGUGCUAUUCUAAUUGAUGUACCCCUACCGUGGUAUGGUGGGAAAGUGUACGGGGGCCAGAAACUGGUCGGGCUGACGGAGGCCGAUAUAUGGCAGUGGACGGCGGAACACAGACGCGGAGACUACGGGCCGCAGGUGUUAAUCCCAAAGGUCAUGGUGCCGACCAGAUUCGAGUUAAGUCAGAGGAAGGUGUUUGACACGAACCCGACUAAGAAUAACUCAUGUUUCAUGCGCGGGGGGAGUAUCAAGUACGAAAGAAGAUGGGAAGUAGUGGAGCUGCGCAAGGCCAGUGAGAUUGUUGGUAUGCCAGUUUGGGUGUACGCUAGUGAUCUGUGGGACUGUUCGAGGAAAUCGAUCUGGCUGGACCGCAGGUCAGUUGACCGCAGCAGAGAGGCAGGCUUAGAUUACAUCAUCGUCGGCAGGGACGGGGUUUCUAGUUUUGUCGCCGAGUGGGCGGAUGAGGACUUGUCCGAGCACGCGGAGCUGCGAGUCCGUGAGGAGACGAAGGGAUCGGGCACUUUUAUGCCAUCUAUUGAGACUGUCUUCAGAGUGUGGGACGUGAUGUGGAACAAGUCCGAGAGUAUCCAGAGUCUUGGAGACAUAGCACAGAUCCUGGAUGCGUCGGAAGAGGCGGUCCUUAUGUGUGGUCAGGAACCUAGAAGGCUGCUGCCCUACGCGGCGGGCGACGGGUGCUACUUCAGACUGUCAAGACCACCCUGCGUUUCAGGCGGCUCUGAGUCUAUCGGUGAGGUGUCUGUGGAGGUGUUGAAACGGAGUGUCAUAUCCCGCGAUGACGCUGGUUACUGCAUAACCAGCCUCGGGAAGAAGCGCAUCGAGGUAGGCAGGAAGCACAUCGGGCCAGUCAGAGUGGGGAAAGGCAGCCUGUUCGACCUGGCGAGGGGCGUGGUGGGUAGCCAAACUGGUGAUAUGUUGGGCCCAAGCUAUAUGGAUGUGCUCCCGGAAGCCGACUGUGCCGUCAGCUUUGUCGAGCCGGACCCUGAGCCAGUAGGCGGAGGGAGCAAGUUCGGUGGCUGGCCGGGGGGAGGUCCAGCUUGUAGGCCGGGCCAGGUGAAGAGAAGAUUGGGCCCAGCAGCGGGUGCGGUUGUGCGGGCCCGCCUUUCCGGUUCCCGAGAGAGUUACGCAUAUACAAGGGGGUGCCCCCACUUUUUGCACAAGACCCCCACCAGUUGA